AUGUUCCCCUCGUCAACUCUAAAGACUCUCCUUGUCACCGCCUUCAUUGCACAGGCGCUUGCCCUCCCGCAAUUUGGAAACAACAACAACGGAAACACUAAUUCUGGAAAUGGAGGCAGCAACAGCGGCAACGGCAUAGGCGGGUCAAACAAUGGCAACAGCAAUGGUGGUUAUUAUUACAGACGCGAAGCUUUACCUGAACCCCAGUUCGGAAACGGAAACAACGGGAACACGAACUCAGGAAAUGGUGGGAGCAACAGCGGCAAUGGCGUAGGCGGUAGCAACAAUGGCAACAACAACGGAGGAUACUGGUACCGACGCGAGCCAGAGCCCCAGUUCGGGAACGCCAACAAUGGCAACACUAACUCAGGUAAUGGAGGUAGCGGCAGCGGCAACGGUUAUGGAGGAUCCUACAACGGGAACUACAAUGGGGGCUACUACGACCGCCGCGAGGCUGCCCCGGAGCCACAGUUUGGCAAUGCCAAUAACGGAAACACGAACUCCGGCAAUGGAGGCAGCUACAGCGGUAACGGUUCGGGAGGAUCCUACAACGGGAACAACAACGGGGGCUACCACUAUCGUCGUCAGUUUGGAAAUGCGAAUAACGGAAACACAAACUCUGGAAAUGGAGGUAGCUUCAGUGGUAACGGAUAUGGAGGAUCCAACAACGGAAACGGGAACGGGGGGUACUACGACUGA